AAUGAACCUUGCUAGCCUCCUGAAUAACGCACAUCAGUGCCAAUUUGUCAACUCUCAGCUCACCGUCGCCCAACUCACAGUUGGAUCUGAAGGGAGUGUUCUGGCGAAAUUUAAAGACCACGUCGCCUCUGAUGCAAGACAUGAUUCUCGAGAACGAAAGCCUUUCCCUCGGUGUCUCGAGAGCACAAGACAGGAAGUAUUCCAAGCCAUCGUGGCAUGGGCAAACGCCCCACUGGAGAAACACAUUUUCUGGCUGCAUGGACGAUGCGGAACCGGCAAGACGGCCAUCCUUCAGAAGCUUUGCGCGCCCAACGAGCUCGGAAUAAGGCCUAUCAUCGGAGGCGGAUUUUUCUUCGGGCGAGGGAGUCCUUCGCGUGGCAAUUCGCAGCGUUUCCCCGCGACAAUUGCUUAUCAAUUGGCUAUGAACAAUCCUAUCAUGCGAGCUCUCAUCGAUGAAGAAAUUUCGAACGACCCGGGUAUUUUCGAGACCGACGAAGAAGCUCAAUUUCGGCGUCUAAUCAUCAACCCCUUCCAGAGACUCGCCACAAUCCCGAACGCACAAGUUCCCGUUGUAGUCUUCAUCGUAGACGCUCUCGACGAAUGCGGCACAUAUGACGAUCAGCUGGCCUUUCUCGAUCAAAUACGCGUAGUUCUUCAAUGUGUCCCGACUCUUCGCUUCUUGAUUUCAAGCCGCGAGGAAACACACCUGGGAUUAAAGUUAGGAGAUGCCUCAUUCUCUCACAUCACCGAGCGGUAUGCGCUCGACUGGGACAGAAACGCCGCUGAAGAUAUCAAAAAGGUUUUGGAGAGCGGAUUUCAGGACAUUAGACGCCAACAUGCUUCGUGGGUGGGGCAUAUGGAUGCCGGCUCAAACCUGAAAGACCCGUGGCCGGGUAUGGAUGUCAUCGAUUGUUUAGCCAAAGCCGCCUCUGGCCAGUACAUCUACGCGUCGACCGUUUUGGAUUUCAUAAAGAAGGGGCAGCCUUUGGAAAAGCUACAAGUCAUAACGAACCCUGAGUACAUUUCGACCGCUCCUGGACGUAACACGGUUGCCCAUGCUUUCAAGAAACUAGAUGACCUCUACAGCCAGAUCCUCUCGAAUGGCACCCUGGUACCCAGUUGUGUUGGUAGCAUUUUAGCGCUCCUGAACGUGACAACAUUCCCCCAACGCCCAGAGGUUAUCGCCAAUCUCCUUGGACUUCAUGUCGCCGACGUACAUGCGACCCUGACUGCAAUAUCACCUUUACUGAAAGUCCACGACCUCAAGACUCCAAUGUCGGAGGACGAGCGCAUAGUUGCGAUAUUCGGCCAUGACUACUUUCAAUACGAGAUCUCCCACACCUCUCUCAGGGAUUUUCUUGGUAAUCCGGAACGAUCGGGAGAACUGGCCCACUAUACGGUCGGCAUAAAAAGGGUGGCGCUGAACAACUUCUUCGGCCUUGUGGAAGAGGCUUUCACGGAGUACAAAAUCGGACGCCGCGUGAGUGUGCGGGACAGCACCUGGCAUUUCUUCAGAGAUAGCUUCUCGUCCCAGUUCCAAUUGGACGAAGUGCCCGUUGAUCAAGUCUCGUCGUAUUUGACUAACUCAGGUCUAAAAAAUCUCUGGCCCAAUGUUACCUUGGGGGCUGGCGAUCGAGCUAUUGACGUACGCUUCCGUGAGCUGAUUUUAGCUACCAGCGCUGCCAUUUCAGUUCUGCGAACCUGGGAAAGCGAAUUUAGUAGCUGGAUUGACUUUCUGAGGUCAAAGCUCUUCGAGUUUUAUUCAACCGUGUUCCCCAACAUCCGAACUCUCCUGAAUCGCUUACCGUAUCACAUCAUCACUGGCUCAUGGUUUACCUCACACUAUCUUCGAAAUGGGACCCAGAGGAGCGCGGAGUUCGCCGAAGAUUUCCUUCAGACUUACCGGCCAAUCAUCGAGGUUGAACUCCAGGGAGACCUUGGGGUCGUGGGGUCCGCGUACCGUGAGCACUACAUUUUAGUCACGGCAUGGUGCCUCAAAGGCGCGAUCAGGGCAGUCCAAACACGCGACCCGAGUUUUUUUACACGAAUAUUCGGCGUCGUCAUCACAGACUUUGCACGUCGGGACCUGAAGAUUCUGAGCCAAGAGGAGUACCAGCGCGGGCACGCGAUGCGGGAGUUGCUAGACACUAUCUUGACGCUCGACCUAAGCGACGACAUCUUGAAUGACGAUAGUGAUCAUGCUACGGCAGUGUGGCAAAUACUAUUCUGGUAUUACCUGCAGGAAGAGAAAAUCUUUUGGGCAGAACGCCUGGCGGAUCACAGCAUUGAAAUCGAGGCAGACCAGGAAUUCUGGGAAAAGAGCACCGGGUUUUUUGAGGAGAUCUCGGAGCACCGCAGCUUCGAACGUUGUUCGGCCAUCCUGGAGUCGGUGAAGUACCGGUACAACCUCUGGGAGGACAACGCAACAGGGAUAUUGGACGCGAGGCUCUACAACAAAGAUGGUUGCUUUGUGGAUUGCACCAACGAAAAGAACGAUGCUUCUUGGUUCCAGGGCUUCAAGAAAUUUGCUCGAAGAUUCCGGUA